AUGUCUACCACAAACACUCCAGUUAUUUUGCACUUAAGGGCAGAAGUCAAACCUUUAGAACAUAGAGCUGCUUUAACACCAACUGCUACAGCACAUUUAAUUGAUUAUGGGUUUAAAGUUUAUGUUGAAGAAAGUUCUUUAUCCACCUUCUCUAUUUCGGAGUAUGAAUUGGCAGGUGCUGUUAUAGUUCCAGAAGGAUCUUGGAAGACUGCUCCUAAGGAAAGAAUUAUUAUCGGUUUAAAAGAGUUUCCCACAAGUGAUACUUUUCCAUUAAUUCAUGAACAUAUUUUAUUUGGACAUUGUUACAAGGACCAAAGUGGUUGGAAAGAUAUAUUAAGAAGGUUUCCAGAGGGUAAUGGUACUUUAUAUGAUAUAGAGUUCUUAGUAAAUGAUGAUGGUAGAAGAGUUGCAGCUUUUGGUUAUUAUGCUGGUUUCGCGGGAGCUGCCAUAGGUGUCAGUGAUUGGGCUUUCAAGCAAACUCAUUCCGAUUCUGAAAACUUACCUGGUGUUGAAGCGUAUCUUAACGAAGUAUCACUAAUUGCCGAUAUCAAAAAGAACUUGGCAGCUGCGUUAGUCGCCAAUGGAGGUAAAUACCCAACUACAUUAGUUAUUGGUGCUUUAGGCAGAUGUGGAUCUGGUGCUGUUGAUUUAUUCAGAAAGGUUGGUAUUCCUGAUGCUAAUAUAUUAAAGUGGGAUAUGAAAGAAACGGCUCCAGGUGGACCAUUCAAAGAAAUUGUUGAAAGUGAUAUUUUUGUCAAUUGUAUUUACUUAUCACAACCAAUUCCACCAUUCGUCAACUACGAAACUUUAAAUGUUCCAGAUAGAAAGUUAAGAACCAUUGUUGAUGUUUCCGCUGAUACCACCAACCCACAUAAUCCAAUUCCAGUUUAUUCAAUCAUUACCGAUUUCGACGAUCCAACAGUUGCAGCUGAAACUACGAUUGGUCCAAAAUUGUCCGUAAGUUCAAUCGAUCAUUUCCCAUCUUUAUUACCUAGAGAAGCAUCAGAAUUGUUUUCGAGAGAUGUAUUAUCAACUUUAUUGUUAUUACCAAAAAGAAAUACCUCUCCAGUUUGGGUUAGAGCUAAACAAUUAUUCAAAAAACAUGUUGCAAGAUUAGAUUAA